AUGAAUGCAGUGGGCUUGCUCCUCUUGGGGCUUGCUCUGAGGUUUAGGGCUGCAAUCGCUAAGCCAGAAGAUGGCAGCUUUUGCUCAAAGAGCCGAGUGGCUUUCAAAGACUCUUGCUAUGAAUUUGUGCCUCUCAGCCACACCUUCUAUGGUGCCCAGAGCUGGUGCGAGGGGCAAGGGGGCCAUUUGGUCUUUAUUCGUGAUGAGGACACCCAGAAGUUUCUGCAGAAGCAUAUCUCCCAGGACAGGGAAUGGUGGAUUGGACUUGUAGGAAACUUGGCUCGGAAUGGAACCACAGAAGGGCUGGGGACCUGGCUGGACACCUCAAACGUGAGCUACAGCCACUGGCGCGGAGGGCAGGCCCCUCCUGCCCCCGACACCUGUGGUUACAUCGGGAGAGACGCUUCCUUUGGGUGGGUGGCCUCGGACAACUGCACUCAGCCGUCUGCCUUCAUCUGCGAGUUUGGCGUUGGCCAGAGUCUGGCUUGUGACGGCCUCAAUGCCACCAUGCACUGUGGCUCAGGGGAGGUCAUCCAGAUCCAGGAUGCCUUCUACGGGCGCCAAACUCCCCAUUACUGCAUCCAGGAUGCUGCGCGGCCCUCAGACCUGGAGGAGGGAUGCGGCUGGCUCAGCGUCAAGGACGAAGUGGCAGGCCAGUGCCAGGGGCUGCAGGUGUGCCAGGUGGCCGCAGAUGGGACCUACUUCGGAGACCCGUGCCCCACCCAGGGCAGCUACCUGUGGGUGCAGUACGAGUGCCAGGAAGGCCUACAGCUGAUGGUGUCCAAUGAGAGUUUCACCUUUGACAAUGUCACCAUCUCCCUGACAUGGCUCCUCUCUCCCUACAUUGGAAACCUUUCAUGUAUAAUUAGUACAGGAGAUGGCCACACUUUUGAUCCCUACUACCCUCCCAGUUUAUCCAGCAACGUGACCCACCAGUUCACAGUCCCUGGGGAAUUUAUUGUGUUUGCCGAGUGCACAACCAGUGAGUGGCAUGUGAUGGCUCAGAAGCACGUGACAAUCCGAGACAAGACGGAAAGGCUCAGCGUGACUCGGUGCUCCGGCCUGUCGACGUUGGGAGCCAGCCCUCUCUGCCGCACUGUCUUCGGGGAACCUCUGUGGAUUCAGGUGGUACUUGAUGGAGGAAGAGGGGUGACUUACACUGUGCUGUCGGGUAAUACAACCCUGGCUGAGUUCACCACACCAAGCGGCCUGCUACCCUACAAUCUGACCCUGGACAGAGCAGCCCAGCAAAGGAUGGGCCCAGGGAUGCACCACCUGGAGAUCCGAGCCACCAGCAACACCACUUCUGGACCCUCCCGGAACAUCACAGUCUCCUUCACGGAGCCUCUAUCAGGGCUAUGGGCCUCCUGGGCUUCUGACCACUUGGAGCUUGGACAAGACCUACUGGUCAACGUCUCGGUGGCUCGUGGCGCACCGGAGAGGCUGACCUUUGAAGUGGCAGGACUCAAUGCAACCUUCUCCCAUGAAGAAGAGAGUCUCCAGGGACCAUUUGGGAUUUACCCUGUGGCAGUUCCUCUUGAAGGCACCUUUCUGGUCACGGUGACGGUGAGGAAUGCCUUCUCAAACCUGAGUCUGGAAAUUGGAAGCAUCACUGUUUCAGCUCCUUCCAGUGUGCGAGAACCGUCUGGAACAAAUGCCAAGACAAAGAAUAGAGAGAAAGGGGACAGGCAGGUGUACGUGGAGCCUGGCCAGUAUGUGGAUCCUUUCACCACCGUGACUCUGGGCUGGCCAGACAGGGACAAGGAUUUACGUUUCCAGUGGUCAUGCGGACGUUGCUGGGCCCAGUGGAGCUACUGUGUUGAGAGGCAGCUGCUCCGUGUGGACCAGGGGGAGCUGGUGCUUCCUCCGUCCUGCCUGCCACCACCCAGCUCCGCUGUCACCCUGCGCCUGGCCACCUGGAGGGGCAGGGAGCUGGAGAACCGGGAGGAGCAGUGUCUCUACGUGUCUGCACCCCUGGAACUCAGGCCUCGAGUCAGCUGCGAGGAGAACUGCAGACCUGGGAACCCCAGGGAAGACACUGUGCUCAGAGUCACCAUGGGGGAUGGCUCCCCAGGGGCCGUGUUCAACUGGUAUUUAGAUGACACCUCGCUGGAGAAGGCGGAGCCUCUCCCACCCGCCUGCAGACUUCAAGGAUUUUGGCCCAGGGCUUUAAUCCUCCUUCAGAGCAACACGUCCACGCUGCGGCUGAACAGCUCCUUCCUGCAGACCUGGGGCCAGGCCCUCCGAAUCAGAGCCACAGCAGUGACCGGGCAUGCCUAUGGGGAGGACACCUAUGUGAUCGGCUCUGUGUCUCCCCCCGAGGUGCCCACCUGCACCAUCACUCCGGAGGAGGGUACCGUUCUGACAAGCUUCACCAUCUUCUGCGACACAUCCUCGGCCCUGGGCCCCCUGGAGUACUGCUUCUGUCUGGAGUCAGGUUCUUGUCUACACUGUGGCUCUGAACCUGCCCUCCAGUCAGUUUAUCUGCCACUUGGAAAAGUAAACAAUGACUUCACGCUGACAGUGGUCAUUUUUGUGUCCAAUCGGGCAGGGGACAAACAACAGGCCCAUGCACUGGUGAAGGUGGGACUUGGAGACACCCACGUUGAGAAUGUGGCAUUCCAGGCUGCAGUGGUGGAGAACAUCACCACCGCUCUGCGAGGCGAACGGGACCCCGAGCGGCUCUUCCAGCUGGCCAGGGCCGUGGCAUCGGUGCUGGACCAGGAGUGCCAGGGGCGGGGCUGCAGGCGGCUGCUGAACGUGGACGUCAGACAGAAGGUCAGAGAGCACAUGCUAGGGUCACUGUCUGCGGUCACCGCCACCCUGGGAGACAUGCGGAAGGUGCAAGGGCUGGCCCAGGUCCUGAGAGAGGUGACCCACCGCAGUGAGGAGCUCACACCCAUGGCCCAGCGGGAGGCCACCUGGGUUCUGCAGGAUGCCAGUGAAGCUCUGCUGGCAGCGAGCUCUAAGGCCCCUCCUGAGGACCAGAGGCGCCAGGCGGCCACCAAGGACCUGUUUCAGGCCGUGGGCAGUGUGCUGGCAGCUUCCCUGAGGGAUGGACCGGAAAACCCUACCGGGGCCAACGGCAGCCAGAUGGCCACCGUGCCCCAGCUGCUCGAUGUUGUGGAGCGAGUGCAGGCUGCCCUCCUGCUGGGGACACUGCCUGGGGGCCUCCCGGCCACUCUGGCUGCCCCUUCCAUCUCUGUGUACACGAACAGAAUACAGCCCUGGAACUGGCGGGGCUCCUGUGUGCACACCGCUGCCACUCACUCUGCGACCUUCACCCUGCCCGCGGCCUCCUCCCUUGGCUCCAUGGAGGCCAGCCAGGAGCCUGUGGACAUCAGGAUGAUGAGUUUCCCAACGAGCCCUUUCCCAGCCCGAAGUCACUUUGAUGUCAGUGGAACUGUUGGUGGCCUCUGUCUGACCAGCCCCAGUGGACAUCUCAUACCCGUGAAGAAUCUGUCAGAGAACAUCGAGAUCCUGCUGCCCCGGCUUUCAAAAGGACACAGUGAGCCAACUGUGUUAAACUUGACCAGUCCUGAAGCUUUGUGGGUGAACCUGACUACAGAUGGCGCAGCUUUGGGGAUCCAGCUGCACUGGAGGCCUGAUAUCCCACUCAUGCUCAGCCUGGGCUACGGCUACCACCCCAAUGAGACCAGCUAUGACGCCAAAGUUCACCUUCCGCCAACGGCUCCUGCAGAUGGACUGUCCACGUGGAUUCUGAACCCAGAAGACCUGCAUUUUGGAGAAGGCAUCUACUAUCUGACUGUGGUCCCCGAGUCUGACCUGGAGCUAACCCCCACCAGGGACCUCACAGUUGGCAUCACCACCUUCCUGUCCCACUGUGUGUUCUGGGAUGAGGUCCAGGGGACUUGGGACAACUCUGGGUGCCAGGUGGGGCCACGGACCACCCCCUCCCAGACACACUGCCUCUGCAACCACCUCACCUUCUUUGGAAGCACGUUCCUGGUGAUGCCCAAUGCGAUCGACGUCCGCCAGACCACCGAGCUCUUUGCCACCUUUGAAGAUAACCCCGUGGUUGUGACUACCGUGGGCUGCCUCUGCGUGGCCUACGUGCUGGUGGUGAUCUGGGCAAGGAGGAAGGACGCUCAGGAUCAGGCCAAGGUGAAGGUCACAGUGCUGGAGGACAACGAUCCCUUUGCCCAGUACCACUACCUGGUGACAGUCUACACUGGACACCGGAGAGGGGCAGCCACGUCCUCGAAGGUGACUGUCACCCUAUAUGGCCUGGAUGGAGAGAGUGAACCCCACCACCUGACAGAUCCUGACAUCCCAGUUUUUGAGCGAGGAGGAGUAGAUGUCUUCUUACUCUCCACCCUGUUCCCCCUGGGGGAGCUGAGGAGUCUGCGGCUGUGGCAUGACAACUCAGGGGACCGUCCAUCCUGGUACGUGAGCCGGGUGCUGGUGCAUGACCUGGCAACGAACCGGAAGUGGUAUUUCCUCUGCAACUCGUGGCUGUCCAUUGAUGUCGGAGACUGUGUCCUUGACAAAGAAUUUCCGGUGGCCACAGAGCAGGACAGGAAACAAUUCAGCCACCUGUUUCUCAUGAAGACCUCCACAGGCUUCCAGGAUGGACACAUCUGGUAUUCUGUCUUCGGCGGCUCAGCUCGGAGCAACUUUACCCGCGUCCAGAGGGUGUCCUGCUGCUUCUCCAUGCUCCUCUGCACCAUGCUGACCAGCAUCAUGUUCUGGGGUGUUCCCAAGGACCCAGCUGAGCAAAAGAUGGACUUGGGUAAAAUUGAAUUCACUUGGCAGGAAGUGAUGAUUGGACUGGAGAGCUCUCUCCUCAUGUUCCCCAUCAACCUCCUGAUCGUUCAGAUCUUUCGAAACACUCGUCCUCGGGUCACUAAGGAGCAGAAUGCUGGGAAAUGGGACAGGGGCUCCCCCAGCCUGGCCCCCUCACUGCAGUCCAUGGAGGAUGGCCUUCUGACACUUGAAGUGGUGACCAAGGAUAUGUGGAGACUCGUCAGCUCCCUGUUUAAAGCUCUGAAGGUGCCAGCACCUGCCUCUGGCUGGGAGUCAGUGACCUUGAUGGACAUCAACCAACUGUUGGCCUUGGUGGAAGAUGUCAUCUGUGUGCAGAACAUGGUAGGACAGGAGUCCUGGGAGGAAGCCAAGCAGAGAGAGGACUCUUUGACACUCACUCUUGGGUCUGUACAAGCGGAAGGUAAGCCUACACGUGCUAACUGGCCAUGGGAGCCUGGUACCUCUCCCCAUCUUUCUGAGCCCAGGUCUCUCACGGCAUGGCACACAGCAAGCGCUCGAUACAAGAAAGCCGUCACUAACACUGCUGUCAUUUUGGCAGGCUGUCCGCUCUGUCCUUGGGCACCAGCUGAGGCGCUUUCUCUCCCUUGUCCUCCAGAACAGGCGCCACGCCCAAGUGACCCUUGGAAGGACAAUGCCUACAGGCGGUGUCUCUACCUUCAGCUGGAGCAUAUGGAGCAAGAGCUUCAGCUGGUGGGGCCCUGCGGCCGCUCCCAGUGCCAGAGCCACGCCCGGGCCCUCAGCCGGCUGCAGACCCUGAAGGGCCGCCUUGGGGGCUGGCUGGGCACCCCACCCCAGGCACACACCAGCUCCCCGAUGGCGAGCAGGCCUCCUCGCGGCCUGCCCUGGUGGUGUGUCCUGGGGGGCUGGCUCCUGGUGGCGGCCACCAGCGGCGUGGCGGCCUUCUUCACCAUGCUCUACGGCCUGCACUACGGGCGGGCCAGCUCCCUCAAAUGGCUCAUCUCCGUGGCCGUCUCCUUCGUGGAGAGUGUGUUUGUCACCCAGCCUCUGAAGGUGCUGGGCUUUGCUGCCUUCUUCGCGUUGGUUUUAAAGAAAGCGGAGGAUGAGGACGAGCCCGUGGCCUCCCUCCCAGGACAUCCGUCUGGCCCAGACCCCUCUGCCUUGUUCCGAGCACGAAGGUGCAGCAGAAAGGACAUCUACCAGCCACCUUUGGCCACUGACAUCGAGAAGAUGAAAACUACACACCUCAAGGAACAGAAGGCAUUUGCCUUCAUCAGAGAAAUCUUGGCAUAUCUGGGUUUCCUGUGGAUGCUGCUGCUGGUCGCCUACGGGCAGAGGGACCCGAGCACCUACCACUUCAACAGACACCUCGAGCACAGCUUCACCCAAGGCUUUUCAGCCGUGCUGGGCUUCCAGGAGUUCUUCACAUGGGCCAACACCACCCUCGUGAGCAACCUGUACAGUCACUACCCAGGCUUUGUCACUGAUGGCAACUCCAGGCUGGUUGGCAGUGCCCAGAUUCGCCAAGUGAGGGUCCGGGAAAGCUCUUGCUCUCGUGCCCCACAGCUGCAGGCUUCUCAUCAUGGGUGCCGCGCACCCUACUCCCUGGAUGUUGAAGACCUGUCAGACUAUGGGGAAGGCUGGAAUGCCUCCGUCCUCAACAACAGCAGUGGCCUCUCCCGGGCUUGGCAGUACGAGAGCCAGAGCCAGCGCCGAGGGUAUCCCUUCUGGGGCAAACUAACCAUGUACCGGGGAGGUGGUUACGUGGUCUCCCUGGGGACCGAUCGCAGAAGCACAUCGAGAAUUCUCCAGUACCUGUUUGACAACACCUGGCUGGACAGCCUGACCAGAGCCGUUUUUGUGGAGUUCACGGUCUACAACGCCAAUGUCAAUCUGUUCUGCAUCAUCACUCUGACCCUGGAGACCGGCGCCCUGGGAACCUUCUUUGCACAUGCGAACCUGCAAAGCCUGCGCCUGUACCCCUUCACUGACGGCUGGCACCCCUUCGUGGUAGCAGCAGAGGUCAUCUACCUCCUGUUCCUUCUCUACUACAUGAUUGUGCAGGGCAAGCUCAUGAGGAAACAGAGGUGGCGCUAUUUCCAUAGCAAGUGGAAUCUUCUGGAGCUGACCAUCAUCCUGGCCAGCUGGAGUGCCCUGGCGAUGUUUGUGAAGAGGGCUGUCCUGGCAGAACGUGACAUCCAGCGCUACCGGAACCAUGGGAAGGAGGGGAUCAGUUUCAGUGAGACAGCAGCAGCUGAUGCUGCCCUUGGCUACAUCAUUGCGUUCCUGGUACUGCUGUCCACAGUGAAGCUUUGGCAUCUGCUCAGGUUGAACCCCAAAAUGAACAUGAUCACAUCUGCCCUGCGCCGUGCUUGGGGGGACAUUUCAGGAUUUAUCAUCGUCAUCCUUAUCAUGCUUCUGGCUUACUCCAUUGCAUCAAACUUAAUAUUUGGUUGGAAACUCUGUUCCUACAAAACCCUCUUUGAUGCAGCAGAAACAAUGAUCAGCCUUCAGCUAGGAAUCUUUAACUACGAGGAGGUCCUGGACUACAGCCCAGUGCUUGGCUCCUUCCUGAUUGGGUCCUGCAUCAUUUUCAUGACAUUUGUGGUGCUGAAUCUAUUCAUCUCUGUCAUCCUGGUGGCCUUCAAUGAGGAGCAAAAAUAUGAUCAGCUGUCGGAGGAAGGAGAGAUUGCCGAUUUGUUGCUGGCGAAAAUACUCGGUUUCCUGGGCAUUAAACGUAAAAGAGAGGACCCCGGAAGUGGCAGGAAACAGCCCGAGUUGCUGUCAGAGGUCCGGCCUCCCUGUACCUGUGUCAGCUGCACCCAAGCUUUAAGCUCUUCAUCCACACACGAACAUCUAUAGAGGGGGAAGGCCAGAGCCUUGGGCCUAUGCUUCCCAGUGAUUCUACAGUCUCUCCAGGCCAAUG